CGAGCACGGGUCAUAUGACUGAGUAAGAUGGCUGCGCAGGGAAGAGGGUGGAUGUUUCUGUUUUUCUGUUUUUGCUUUGUUUGGGAAACCGUGUCGGGGAAGACCACCCACAACGACACGGAGCCGGUACCGGUGGUCAUUUGGCAUGGCAUGGGUGACAGUUGCUGUAAUCCUCUCAGCAUGGGAUUUAUCAAGAAACUGGUGGAACAAGAAAUCCCAGGAAUUUAUGUUUUAUCACUGGAAAUUGGAAAUAGCAUUGCUGAGGACAUAGAGAACAGUUUCUUCAUGAAUGUAAAUGACCAAGUUGAGCUGGUGUGUAACAUAUUGUCCAAGGACAAGAAGCUACAGAAUGGAUACAAUGCAAUGGGCUUCUCUCAAGGUGGUCAAUUUCUGAGAGCUGUGGCACAGAGAUGUCCUUCUCCUGCUAUGUUAAAACUUAUUACAUUUGGAGGCCAACAUCAAGGAGUAUACGGUUUGCCCCGCUGUCCUGGAGAGACUUCUCAAAUCUGUAACUUGAUAAGAAAAUUGCUGAAUGUGGGUGCUUAUAGUAGUCCAAUUCAAGACCACUUGGUGCAGGCAGAGUACUGGCAUGAUCCCUUGAAUGAAGACCUGUACAGGGACAAGAGUAUUUUCUUGGCAGAUAUUAAUCAAGAAAGGGGCAUUAAUGAAAGCUACAAGGAGAAUCUGACAAAAUUGAAAAAAUUUGUAAUGGUGAAAUUCUUGAAUGAUACCAUGGUUGAUCCAGUUGAUUCUGAGUGGUUUGGUUUCUAUAAAGUUGGCCAGGCCAAAGACACUUACAGCUUGCAGGAGAGUGUUCUUUAUCAAGAGGAUCGGUUGGGUUUGAAGACUAUGGACAAAGCAGGCAAACUGCAAUUUCUAACUGUGAACGGUGAUCACCUUCAGUUUUCAGAGAAAUGGUUCAUUACCAACAUAAUUCCUCAUCUCAAGUGACCCUUUUACUAAGCUGGUGGAUAUUGACUGAUUAAUUAGUCCACAUGCCUAUGAUGUAAUGUUGCAACACUGGCUCAUUAUCUACAGUAUUUGCAAUGAUUAAGUGACUUUUUUUUCCCCAAAUUCUGCAGAAGCUCAUUGAUUUAUGUUUAACUCACUUUUUUCAUAGUAACAGUUCCAAUGCACUGAAUCGUAAAAGACUUUCUCUAACAAUCUGAGUUUUGCUUGGUUCUGAUGUAUGUCGGAAAUCAUUAAAAUGCUCAAUGUAACUAGAAAUGACCCAGUUGAGGUAAACAACAUGUUUGCUUCCCAUGUGUAGAUUUCUUUCCAGUUAGAAACAGCUUAACUUUUUUUGGGUGGGAGAGAAAGGUAUUCCAUUUUUCUUAACCAAAAUUAGGUUCCGUAUAGAAGAUGCACCAUUGAUUCCAGCUACAGUCAUAAAUAACUGCUUGAGUAAUUAAUGUUAUUUAAAAUAGGGUUUAUGCUGUGGCAGUCCUAUGGUUAGGAAAAUUGAAGUAUUAGAUAUAUUGUCCAUCAGAAGCAAGGGCAAGGUUAAUGACUUUUCUGAUCAAGGUUAAUUGGUCAAGUUGAAGGGGAAGAUUGCCAAGAAAGUGGUUUUAGAACAAAGUCCACGUUGGGCAGAAAACAGCUUGAACAUGUAGCUGUACAGUUAAAGGAAACUAGCAUUUUACCUAGCCAGCUUUGUUUGAAUGUUCCUAAAUACUAAGCUGCUUUGAAUUAAGUGAUAUUUUUAAAGUAUCAUGGAUUUACUUUAAUUUCACAUCAAUAUCAACCUGUGCUAUGAUGUUAUUACAUAUCUCUGGAACAUGAGACCUGAACCUAGUCCUCCAGGCUUAGAGGCAAGAGUUCAUACUCCACCUGCACCUUAAUGCUUUUCCUUCCCACCUAUCCUAUUCGUGAGUUCAUAAGGUCUACAACAGAUAAAAAUCUCAGUCAAAAAUUGUAUAUUGGACAAAUCCGUGGUAUGUCAAUGCUAGAUCGAUCCAUCCAUUUCUGUUAAGGGAAUGAAUUAUCCCAAGACUGGGCUGGGUAUGAAAGCGCAAAGCAGCUCCUAAAAAUCCACGAUGUCCUCAAUUUAUCAGCAAUUUACCAGUUUUAAUUUCAAGGCUGAUCAGUCACCAUAAACUUCAAAAAGACACUGUAUAAAGUUUGCAAAUUUUAUUUUGCAUUUUAAUUUGAUAAGAGCAUAGUAACCACAAGUAGCAAGAACCAAAUUUGAUCCGUUUGUAUGGUACUGAAAUUAUGCAGAAUAUUGAAUUUGAUAUACAAUACUAAGUUUUCACACCAAAAGAUAGGUUGUUGACUGUGCACUUGGUACCUUGUGAUAGAGUAGCAUUCGAACUUCCUCUAAAUGCAACAGCUCACUAUUGAAUUGUCAUUUUGUAUGAAAUGUCAAAGUUCAAGGCAAUUAAAAAACUUUCAAUCUUAA